AUGGAGAUAGAAGUUAACACAAGCACUACACCCAGCACCUUCCAACUAGCUAUGCACAACUGCGGCCUCUCCUGCCACGGCGUGCCCGUGGAAAUCGCCCGUGGCGGAUACACCGCUGCGGGGAAAGCCGGUGACCUGCGUGAGGGAGAGCUAGCUGGGUCCGGCUUUGUCUUCUGCGAGAAGAGCGGCCAGGAGCACCGGCUGCGGCUGGUGUCUCGGAUGAAGCAACUCAAAUUUGGUUUUUCCCAGGAGUUGCCAUCUCCAGUGCAGCUCCGGUUGCUUUCGAAUGAGAUGGCAGCUUUUUCUCAUCAGCUUUCUCUUUGGCUUACCUUAGGGCUGGGCUUCAACAUUGUUGGUGGGACAGAUCAGCAGUACGUUUCCAAUGACAGCAGCAUCUAUGUCAGCCGGAUCAAAAAGGAUGGGGCAGCUUACCUUGAUGGCCGAUUACAAGAAGGAGAUAAAAUUUUAGCGUACUGGAUAAAUGAAUACACCUCCACCUUGGGGAUUGGUGUCUUCCACUCUGGCAUCGAGAUCUACGGCAGAGAGUUUGCCUAUGGAGGGCAUCCCUACCCUUUCAGUGGGAUUUUCGAGAUCACACCUGGCAGUGCGGUAGAACUUGGCGAGACCUUUAAAUUCAAAGAAUCCAUUGCCUUGGGCACUACAGACUUCACAGAAGAGGACGUGGAUAAGAUUAUGGAAGAGCUGGGCAAGGAGUACAAAGGCAACGCGUACCACCUGAUGCACAAGAACUGUAAUCACUUCUCUGCUGCUCUGGCUGAGAUACUAUGUGGGAAAGAGAUCCCCCGCUGGGUGAAUCGCCUGGCCUACUUCAGCUCGUGCAUCCCCUUCCUCCAGAGCUGCCUCCCCAAGGAGUGGCUGACCCCAGCAGCACUGCAGAGCCACAUCAGUCUCGGCCUACACAAGGAGGAGCAGGGGGACACAACGGAUGAGGAGUCCCCCUCCACCUCCGCAGCCCCCUCAGCCUCAGGCACAUCGCGAACCUGUAGACAUACCCGGGUCUAAACUGUGCCCAGUAUGCCCUCAAACAACACCCUUCUCUCUCUUGUACUAUUUCUUUCUCACACCCUUUCGCACCCCUUGGUUUCUCUCUUCUCUUCUUCAAUGAACAACACAGGGGAGGGAAGACCCUUUCUACUAAGGAGGUGAAGCUUCAGUCCCUUUUCCAAGGGCUGCCACUAGAGUUGCUCGGCAAAAUGACUGUGAACCCCAACGCUGAACUGAGGAGUGUGGCAACUAACUGGAUUCUCCUCCCAGAGCCCCCAUGCUCCUUGAUCCAUGGAGAACUGCUGGCUCUCUUGGGCAUGACAGCAGGCGUACGGGCAGAGGGGCACCAUACUGUGAUGUUCCUUCUCUGGAACUGUUUUAUCUUUUUAUCUCUUCCCCCUUCCAUGUGAGCCCAGCAGCCUCCUCUCUAUUUUGGCUGGGUUUGCCAUUCCCCUAUGACAAAUCUCCUGCCCACACCCAGUGAAGGAAGCAGAGCCAGAACUCAACCUUCUCAUCUCUUAGACCAGCAACAAGCUCCACUCAGCCCCACCCCUUUUGUAAUUACCAGGUUUCUAACUCACGUGAAGGACAAAUGAAAGGUGCUGCUGUUCUACAACCACCAAUUUUCAGUACUCAAAUUUAAGAGCUCCAAUGAAUGUCCUGCUCUUGAAAAUAAUAACAAAGAACCUAGAA